CUGAUUUCUAUGAUUGUUCUGUCACACAGUUCCGAUCAGUGUCUGACACUGCAACCAGUGAUGGGUCUGCCUUUUAUUGACCACUGCUGCAUUUAGCUGGUGGCGUAACGGGAAACUGCUGUCUUCUACGUUGCUAUUUCAAUAACAAGAAUUUUGUGUCAAGUUUUGGUUUAGAGGUGAAGUAUUUUAUUUCUCGGUAUACAAUUUUAAAAUACCCAGGUUACGAGGUAGGUGCUUGCAAGUUGUAUGUUGUCAUUCAUCCAUUUAUUUAUAUGUCUAAGUCAUUAUUGAAAGUUAAACCCAUGGCAUAGCUGUUACCAGUUGUAAUUCAUCUGAUCUGGGAAGAGCAAUGGAUGCACUAAGGUGCGCUAUUGCAUACUGCAGCGCGUCGUUCUGAACUCUCUACACACUUUACUGGUCUAAUAUCGCCAACAAAGACUAGAUAGAAAAAACAUGGUUUCUUAAUUCUUGCACAUAAUAAUAUUUAUUUAUUUUUGGUGGUUGACCCCGAACACAAGAUGUGUGAGCAUUACCAACAGUGGGAAAUAACUACUAGUGAAUUACUAGAUGAAUUACUAAACUUGGAAUGAUAUUAGCAAAUAAAACUGAAGCAAGCAAGUAUCUCUGAAAUCAAGAGAAUAAAGUUACCUAACACAACCAAGGUUAGGUUGGUUUUUUCUGCUGUUUGACACAAAACUUGUGGAUUUGAUGCAAAUCUUGUGCUGGCUUUUCAACUUCAGUCUACAGUCAGCCCACAAAAGCCCUACAAUAUUAUGCUACAAUAGAAUUGUUCUUUCUAUAUAAUUUCUCUAUAAUAUUUAAUAUUAUUUCUCUGUUCUUGUUUUAUUCUACUUUUUUAUUUACCUAUGUGUAGCUUUCACCGACUGUUGCAGUUUAAUGAAAGUAUUUUUACCAACUCCACCUUUAUUCAUGCCAACAUGGUGAUGUGUGGUGUACAUGUAAGUACAUAAUACAUGGAAAGGCUCUUCGUUAUCAGGUUCAUUAUCAUCCACCUCCACCGUAGAGAAACAUAAGUUUGAUAUAUACAUCAUAAAGAAAAUCCUAGAUCACAGCUGAAAAACAAUUCUGGGUGAUUUAAAUACAUACUGUUUGAAAAUUGUUCGCGCAUGUACUUUAACCUAUUAUAUCAGUGGACAAAGACGUAUGAGCAGGAAGUGUAGCAAUGCCUUGUUCCUGAAUUAAUACUAGAUGAUCUAUUGUAAUUGGAAUUAUUGUAUUUCACUUUAUGUUUAGCAUUUUUCAAAUGACAUGCUUUGCUUGAUUCUGAUUGAAUCCUCCACCUGAUAGGGCCACUUAAGAUUUUUUGUGAAGUUCGAUUAAUUUCUUAACAGAAAAAACUGAAAUGUUGGCAUCAAAAAUAUCUGUAUGCACUUCUGAAAGUGCAUUUUUAGAGGCCAAACUUUAGGUGAAAUACAGUAAGUACCUGUUACUUAAUGUUUCUCAACCAUCUUAACAGUCUGAUAAGAUAUAAAAGGACAUACAUAUAUAACAUAAAUUACAUGAUCAAAUAUUGGCUGGCCAUCAAUUCCUUACGUGUUUUGUGGAAGAGAGCAGUUGUCAGGUAAUUACAUCAUAUUAUGAUAUGAACUAGACAAAGUGUGCAAUAAAUACUUCUUGCAGUUAUGCUGGUGCAAUCUUAUAUCCUAGUUCCUUGCCCUUAGAGGCAGCCUGACUUGUUGGAGAAGAGGAUAUCUUUAAACUCAGAAAACUGAUCAACCUUUGUAUAUUCCCAGUUUUGUUUCUAUUUAGUCUCUUGAUGCAAUGCAUGGGAACAUGGUGAAGCAUAGAAAUGAGGGAUGGCUGCAUAGAGUUCAGGUCUGCAGUAAUAAAAUAGCUGUUUGUAUAGCCAAGAAAGCAUAAGAGAGAUUCUGCCAAUAACUUACUACUCUAAAGAUGAAGAGAUGCACUGUCAAUUUUGCUAGAAAAUGGAUGAGGCAAGAGAGAUGAAGAGGCUGUGUUGGAGAUAAUGUGAGCUAGCGUGGACCCAGCAGUUGUGCUUACCAGCUUUACAUGUGGUUCAGUGUAUUACCUAUGCACAGGCCCUGUGGGAGCAUCAGCCAGAUCAUUUUGCUGGGACUUAUUGCAAAUCAGCAUGUGUCUAAAAUCACCCCUCAAUUACCUUCCAAUAGGUGGGCAAGUGUAAAAGCUGAAGUGGUGCUGUCCUGAAGGGGUGAGCAAACAAUGGAGUGAUCCAGGGAAGUAACUAGCCAACAGCCCUGCCAUUGAUCAGCAUAUCACUCAAUUAUCAUACUCAUAGACCAGACGCAUCACUAACACUGUAGAAAUGAGGAGGAUUACCAGCUACUCUGGCAGAAAAAAUUGGAAAUUACGCGGCACGAGGAAAAAACAAGUGAAAUCUUAAGGGAGCCACUAAACUUGUUUUCCCCUGGAGAUUACUAGGAAGAAUAAUGGCUGUAUAUGGGGGCAGACAGUUUCUGGUUUGUCUCCAGAAACCAUCAGAAUUACGCACAACAAAGGACCUGGAUGUUCUCUUCUCUUAUCUUCAUGGGAUGGAGGCAUUGGCCUCUCUGAGAGAGCCUGCUUUACGAGCUCUCUGUAGAACAGUGCGAUAUGAGUAUCACGAAGCCAAUGACAUACUGUACUGUCAGGGGGAGUUGAGUACAUGCUGGUACAUUCUUCUGUCAGGCUCGGUCUUCAUUGAGGGAUCCAUGUUUUUACCAAGAAGCAGUUUUGGCAAACGAACAGCAGGAUGUGCACGCCGGCCCAGCGAGUGCCUUAUCCUGGAACCUUCAGAAAUGAUGGUGAUUGAUUAUCCUGAUGUCCAUGUGAUGAAAUCGGGAGCACGCCAUCCCAAUGCGGCCACAAUGGACCGGUUGAUCAUGCUGGAGCAGGAGGACACCAACAUGCGAGUACGCAGGAUGCACUCUGAUGGCUGCACUGAUCAACUACAGUACCCACAGGAUGUAGCAGGGAUGUUCCCUAGAGACCCUUUUUUACGAAACGAACAAUAUUUUAAGCGUAGUUCUCGAGCAAGUGACACUUCCAGUGCUUAUUCUGGUUCUGACAUGAUGCAGUCUUCAAUAGAUGAUCAAGACAAUGGUGAUAUAGAUCUCAGUGGAUUGAUGGAGAGUGUGGUGGACUCGGAUGAAGAAGAAGGAUAUGCUGAAUCUACAGAGUCUGUGCGUGAUGGGGUACGAGAGUGUUUGGAGAAAGAUGCAGCAGAGCGCACUGAGGAUGAUAUCGAGAUACUGCUGGAAUUCAUGCAACAUUUUCCUGCUUUUGCUAACAUGACCCUGGCCACGCGGCGUGCCCUCUGUGCAGUGAUGGUAUACGCUGUCGUGGAGAAGGAGGGAACUAUUGUGAUGAAUGAUGGAGAAGAGCUGGACUCAUGGUCUGUCGUUCUGAAUGGUCUAGUGCAAAUUACACGGCCAGACUCAUCCAUAGAACAGCUACAUAUGGGGGACAGUUUUGGUAUCACCCCCACGAUGGAGAAGCUAUAUCAUCGGGGUGUGAUGAGGACGAUGGUGGACGACUGUCAGUUUGUCUGUAUUGCUCAAUCAGACUACUACCGCAUACUUCACCAGGGGGAAGAGAAUACAAAAAAGCACGAGGAGGAUGGUAAGGUUGUCAUGGUAACAGAGCACAGAGUAUUGGAUGGAGGAAAUAGGAGGGGACAUAUUGUUAUCAGGGGCACCCCAGAGCGCUUGAUGCAGCACCUAGUGGAAGACCACUCUGUGAUUGACCCCACCUAUGUGGAGGACUUUUUACUGUCAUAUCGCACAUUUCUCGCCUCCCCACAGGAGCUGGCCUCAAAACUACUGCUCUGGUUCCAAGACCCCAUGCUUAGAUCAAAGGUAACCCGAGUAGUAUUAUUGUGGGUGAACAACCACUUUAAUGACUUUGAAACAGAUGCUGGUAUGUGUGAUUUCCUGGAGAAGUUUGAAGAGCUUCUAGAAGGGGAGAGGAUGGGAGGACAGCUGAGACUGCUGAACAUUGCCUGCGCUGCCAAAGCCCGCCCCAGAACAGUUACGCUUACCAGGGCCACCAGGGAGGAAAUCAUGCAUUUCUCAAUCCUGGGGGGUUUGGAGAGAGGCUGUGGAAUAUUUGUGACAAAGGUGGAGAGAGGAUCUAAAGCGUAUGAGGCUGGCCUCAAGCGGGGAGAUCAGAUUCUAGAAGUUAAUGGGGUUAAUUUUGAAACAAUAUCACACACACGGGCACUAGAGGUGUUGAGAGGAACAACACAUUUGAGUGUAACAGUGAAGUCAAACUUAUUAGCAUUUAAAGAAAUGCUACAAGUCCCUGACAGAUCCUCACGGAAAGGGAAGAAAGACGAGAUAGCCAAGCUGCAGACAGAUCCCAAACAGAGGCUUUCUGCCCCUGAUCUGGAAGCAGCAGCUGUACCACCUGUCAUUACCAUCACCAAGGACAAGAAGUCUGACAAAAAGGACACGAAAAGCUUCAUGGCUUUCGGAAACAAAACAAAGUUACGAAAAGCCCUGAUGAAAAUGAAUAUCAUCCCAAGAAAUAUGAGCAGUGACAGCCCACAUAACAAUUCUGACGAAAAUUUGUAUGUUCGUCCAUCAAGGAAGUCGUCAACGUCAUCGGCCUCGUCUGGCCAGACCAUGUCCAACCAUCUGAGUGCUAGUAACCCGGAUUUGUCCACAUCAGGUCUGGGGGUGGACGACCUCAGGUCAGAAUUCCAUGAGCAUGUACUGAAGAUUUACCGGGCUGACCAGUCAUUUAAAUACCUGCUGGUCCAUAAGGAAACAACUGCCCGGGAAGUGGUCAUGUUAGCUCUGAGGGAAUUUGGUAUCACAGAUCCAAGCAAUAACUAUUCCCUGUGUGAGGUGACAGUAGAGAAUGAGAGUAUAAUCAAACAGAAGCGACUUCCAGAUCAGUUGGCCAACCUCCCUGACCGAGUCAGUCUCAAUGGCAGAUAUUGCCUGAAGAACAACAUGUGUACAGAGACUCUUGUUCCAGACGAGGUGAUGGGUGACCUGAUCAAAGACAGUCAGAUCAGCUUGUUACAGCUGAACACUGCUGAACUGGCCUCUCAGCUAACUUUAGAGGAUUUCAAGGUCUUCCGAGACAUAGAACAAACAGAAUAUAUUGAUGAUCUGUUUGACCUCAAGUCCAAGUUUUCAUGUCCCAAUCUUGUCAAGUUUGCUGAGUUGGUAAAUAGGGAGAUGUGGUGGGUGGUGACAGAGGUCUGCAAUGAAUCCAACAUUGUCAAGCGAAUGAAGCUUAUUAAACAUUUCAUUAAAAUAGCAAGGCAUUGUAAGGACUGUAAGAACUUUAAUUCCAUGUUUGCCAUAUUGAGUGGGCUAGGGCACGGGUCUGUGUCCAGGUUACGCAAUACUUGGGAGAAACUGCCGGGCAAAUACAUGAAAAUGUUUGAGGAUUUACAAGAUUACAUGGACCCUUCCAGAAACAUGUCCAAGUACAGGAAUUUAAUAGCAAGUGAACACGCACAACCUCCAAUGCUUCCAUUUUUCCCAGUGGUUAAAAAGGAUCUGACUUUCAUUCACUUAGGAAAUGAUUCCUUUGUAGACAGUCUAGUCAACUUUGAAAAGUUACGCAUGAUUGCCAAGGAGAUCCGACACAUCUGUAAUAUGUGUUCUGCUAGAUAUGAUGUGUCCACAAUGUAUCUGGGUACACCUAGCUUUUAUGAGAGCUCCACAGUGUCAGGGGUGGCCACUAUGAAGCGCUCAAAGAACAGGCGGGGUUCCACUCUGCCGAAUGCCAAGAAAAUGUAUGAAGAGGCUUUGAUGGUGCGACGAGUGAAGUCGUAUCUCACUAACAUACCAGUGAUAGCUGAUGAGGAGGAGCUGAAGGAAAUGUCCUCCAAAUGUGAACCAUCAGCAACAAGGAAGCGUGAUCCUUCACCUGUGGUGAACACCAAUCACGUAGCUGAAAAGCAAACCUCCCUGGGGCCAAAGUUCGGUGCCGCUUCCCCUGAAGCCGUUCGAAAACUCAUGUCUCUCACUGAUAAAGUUCGUCCACACAACCCUAAACACCCCAUGCCACCUGUUGGCAGCCCUUUCCAAGGGCGGCGACCCACCUCGCCGCGCUACAGUAAUUCACGUCCGCUUGCCGUCCACCUUUCCCCCGAAAGCUCCUCUGUGGUUAGCUUGAGUAACCUGGGCUUCAGAAAACCCAGUCGAACGGCUUCCAUGGGUUCGUCUGAGUCAGCCAGUCCUACGAGUAGUGUCAGUAAUUAUCCUCAGCAUUACGAGACGGACUCGGGCCACGCUAGUAUUGGCUCAUCAAAUUUCGACAGUCGGAGCACAAGUUCUAUAGGAUCAGCUAACUCUCCCCCAUCAUCACGUCGUCCUUACCACCCUCCUCACCCUGCAUAUAACAAUGCGUACUGUCUCCCGGCACCACUCCCUCAUCCACAAGUCCGGCCACCCUUGCCUCCGUACCAUGUAGUUGUUCAAAACAUGCCAGCUCAUAGCCAGUAUUCUCAGCAAGCCCAUACAAACACACGGCGGCCUCCACUACCCGACUACCACUCUGCCACUCAAAUGGCACAGCUGGCCAGGCAGAAACAUGGCUGGCAGAUGGAACGAGCCCAUUCACAUGAAGGGGUGAUAGGUUAUUACCAGGGCGUUGAUGAUGAGGAAUACGAUGUGGCUGAGGAAGAUGAGGUGGACGAGGAGCAAGUGUCUGCAGUGUGAUGCCACAUGGGAUAUAAUAAUGAUGGACAGAGUGACUUCCCCUGACAGACAUUAUCAGGCUCUGUGCUCAACAUUGAGCUGUGGACUGAAUACUAUCAGUCUGGGCCCUAGUCUGAAUACUCUCAAUCUGGGCUGUGGACUGAAUGCUAUGUGUCUGGGCUCUGGGCUGAAUACUUUCAGUCUGGGCUAUGAGCUGAAAACUGUCAGUCCGGGUCAUGGUCUGAAAUAAUCAGUUUAGACUGUGGGCUGAAUAUUAUGAAGUCAGGGCUGUGAGCUACAUAGACAUUCUCAACUGAGAAGGCUGUAAGCUCCAUGACAAGCUUGGGCUAUCCCAAGUGCAGAUCCAAGAAAGACGAUUCAGGGAUGUGCGUGGGGAAACCCUAGGGUCUCGCCAUGCCAAGGGUGUCUGAUGAUCAUUCUGUGCAGACUAUGUGCCCCUCCUUCCUCAGAUGUGAAGACCCCAUUACUGUGUGUGGACCCAGAGAGUUUCUCUGUGCUGCUGACUCCCUAGACAUGCCCAGUCUAGUGAGACACACCGAGUAGGAUACUUGCUGUGGGCAGAGUGCAGUACUUUAACUUCCGUGUACAUUUGUAUCAUAGAAAACAUGUAUAUCACUUGUAUAUUAUAUUAUCAUUAUAAACACACCACCUUGCUUAUUAUUCAGUAAGGGAGAUAAAUCAUGUUUACGCAUACCUGGCCGGUACUGAUGGUACUGGUUACAAUCUGUGUGCUGUCUUACAUUGUGUCGAGUUGUGGGUUUUGAACUGCAUUAGCACCAUAUCAGAUCAUUAACAUCGCCAUCAAAAAGUCAUCAGCCAUUUUCGCUUUUUAACAUUCAAUCUCUGUCUUAAGAGAAGACAAAACUUAAAUUUUAGUGCUAUUAUACUCUCUUAAUUCUUUCAGUGUGCUUUAUUUAGUUGUGGUAAAAUGGUCCAAUUUCAUUGGUCCCAUUUGGUGGAGUACUAAAUAACUCAAGUUCUAGUAAACUGAUCACUCUUAAGAGUGUAAUGAUCUGAUAAUGAGGUACAAUACAUUACCCUGCAGGAGACUUUUGAAAACAGCAUUUUCUUUGUGUUUUGCUAAUAUGUGGGACAGUUCCUAUGAGGCUGUUUCUGAAGAAUUAUCUGUGAUUGUAAAAUAUGUUUCAAAAUGUCUAGUCAUUUAAUAGAAGGAAAUAAGAUUCGAUAUUAUCGAUGUUGGUCACAACAUUGUGUCUAAAUGUUACAUGAAUAUAAAAAUACUCUGCCAGUGUCUGGCAAACAAGUCAACUGGUGAUAAACUGUAUUUGUCAGUCAGCUAUUUAAGGUGGCUCAGUAGGUUACAAGAUGUCUCUUCUAUCAGUAGUUUCGCCUUCAUGUUAAUGUGAAGAACCAUUGUAGAAUUUUUGUGAAGUCUUAUUUGUACAAGUUGAUAUUGUAAGAGGUCCUUAGUGCUAUCUGGAAUAGCUGGAUUAUUACACAGGUUUAUGUUAACAUUUGCCAUAACUUUUGAAAGUUUAUUUUGUGUCACUUGAAGAAACGAACAAAGAAAUUUUCAUCUUUCUUUUUUUUUUUUGUUAUUUUUUGGUGGGAAAGGUGGGAUUAGCACCAAACUGAGUAUUCAAAUUGUAAGGAAUGUCAGCUGGGCUGAUACUUCGAUUUUGAUCAGUGCUGAAGAAGAUGGAAUUUAACCUUCUAGUACACUUUGGAAGAGUGUGUCUUACAAGUAUCUCCUCUGCCUGAAAUAGGUCACAAUUGCUGUCUUGCCAUAGGAGAAAUUUAACAGAAUACUUCAGAUUUCAAUAUCUUCUCUCUCUAUGAUACAUUCAGGCAUUAAGGAAACUUCAUAAAUUCUGCAAUCAUCAAAACAUAGUCAUAUUUGUGCUAUCAUACAUUUGUAUUAUGCCAAAUUUCAUGUCCCGUAAGAGUGAAAUGGUUUGGUGUAGUCUUAGGGAUCAAGUCUCAUUACUUCAUGAUGACUACCGUGUGUGUAUCUGUACUAAGUGUACCAGACAUAUCCAAGUAACCAUACAGAUCUCAAUCGUGUUUGCCAUAGGGAGAAAUCACGAACAAUAAAAUAUCAGAUUUUUAUUAAGUUCCACUAUGCUGCCGAAAAUAUGACUUUCGUAUGGAAUAUGACAUCAAAUUUGGAUAAGCCAGUAGUGCGAAUAAAGCAGCAAUAUUUAUACAGUGGUGUAUAUUGUGUCCAGGGGGAGAUAACUGUUUAUCUCCUUACAUGUGUGUACAACAUGUCAGAGAAGGCAGCGACUCGGUCUGUAUUUUAAAUCAGUAUGAAACUGCUAGGUUUUGUAAAUAAGCUUUUAACAGUAUAAAUCUUAUAUGAAUAAAAUAACAUAUAAACA